CCGGGCUCGGCCGCCAGCAGCGACCUCUGACUCCAUACCGGCACCUUCUGCGGGACCUGCCGGCUGCACACCUACCUCUACCUACCUACCUAGUGACCAUGUAAGGGGCGGGCACAGAGCAUGCUGGGACACAGCUCACACCGGGGGAGGGGGGGGGACAUGUGACACCCCUCUCUGAGUAACAAGGGUUAAACUUCCUCCGAAAGGGUUAAAGCUAUGUAAGGGUCUGACAUGGGUAUGGUGACGGUGGCUUAUGAUGGGAAAUGGUUAAUGGGUGCACUAUGAUUGGGAUAUGAAAUGGUUAAUGGGUGCUGAGUGAUUGGGGUAUUAAAUGGUUAAUGGGUUUACUGUGAUUGGGAUAUGAAAUGGUUAAUGGGUGCUGAGUGAUUGGGGUGUGAAAUGGUUAAUGGUCGCACUGUGAUUGUGGAAGUUUAAUGGUUAAUGGGUGCACUGUGAUUGGGGAAAUUAAAUGGUUAAUGGGUACAUUGUGAUUGUGGAUAUGAAAUUGUUAAUGGGUGCACUGUGAUUGUGGAAAUUAAAUGGUUAAUGGGUACAUUGUGAUUGGGAUAUGAAAUUGUUAAUGGGUACACUGUGAUUGUGGAAAUUAAAUGGUUAAUGGGUGCUCUGUGAUGGUGGAAAUUAAAUGGUCAAUGGGUGCAUUGUGAUUGUGGAAAUUUAAUGGUUAAUGGGUUUACUGUGAUUGGGAUAUGAAAUGGUUAAUGGGUGCUGAGUGAUUGGGGUGUGAAAUGGUUAAUGGUCGCACUGUGAUUGUGGAAGUUUAAUGGUUAAUGGGUGCACUGUGAAUGGGGAUAUGAAAUGGUUAAUGGGUGCACUGUUAUUGGGGUGUGAAAUGGUUAAUGGGUGCACUGUGAUUGGGGUGUGAAAUGGUUAAUGGUCACACUGUGAUUGUGGAAGUUUAAUGGUUAAUGGGUGCACUGUGAUUGGGGAUAUGAAAUGGUUAGUGGGUGCACUGUGAUUGUGGAAGUUAAAUGGUUAAUGAUUGCACUGUGAUUGGGAUGUGAAAUGGUUAAUGGUCGCACUGUGAUUGUGGAAGUUUAAUGGUUAAUGGGUGCACUGUGAUUGUGGAAAUUAAAUGGUUAAUGGGUACACUGUGAUUGGGAUAUGAAAUUGUUAUUGGGUGCUCUGUGAUUGUGGAAAUUAAAUGGUUAAUGGGUGCUCUGUAAUUGUGGAAAUUAAAUGGUUAAUGGGUGCUCUGUAAUUGUGGAAAUUAAAUGGUUAAUGGGUGCACAGUGAUUGGGGAUAUGAAAUGGUUAGUGGGUGCACUGUGAUUGUGGAAGUUAAAUGGUUAAUGGUUGCACUGUGAUUGGGAUGUGAAAUGGUUAAUGGGUGCACUGUGAUUGGGAUGUGAUGGUUAAUGGGUGCACUAUGAUUGUGGAAAUUAAAUGGUUAAUGGGUGCACUGUGAUUGUAGAAAUUAAAUGGUUAAUGGGUGCACUGUGAUUGGGAUGUGAAAUGGUUAAUGGGUGCACUGUGAUUGUGGAAAUUAAAUAGUUGAUGGGUGCACUGUGAUUGUGGAAAUUAAAUGGUUAAUGGGUACACUAUGAUUGGGAUAUGAAAUUUGUAAUGGGUGCUCUGUGAUUGUGGAAAUUAAAUGGUUAAUGGGUGCAUUGUGAUUGUGGAAGUUAAAUGGUUAAUGGGUGCACAGUGAUUGUGGAAAUUAAAUGGUUAAUGGGUGCACAGUGAUUGUGGAAAUUAAAUGGUUAAUGGGUGCACUGUGAUUGUGGAAAUUAAAUGGUUAAUGGGUGCACUGUGAUUGGGAUGUAAAAUGGUUAAUGGGUGCUGAGUGAUUGGGGUGUGAAAUGGUUAAUGGUAGCACUGUGAUUGUGGAAGUUUAAUGGUUAAUGGGUGCGCUGUGAUUGGGAUGUGAAAUGGUUAAUGGUCGCACUGUGAUUGUGGAAGUUUAAUGGUUAAUGGGUGCACUGUGCUUGGAGUGUGAAAUGGUUAAUGAGUGCACUGUAGGGAUGUAAAAUGGUUAAUGGGUGCACUAUGAUUGGGAUAUAAAAUGGUUAAUGGGAGCACUGUGAUUGGGGAUGUGAAAUGGUUAAUGGGUGCUCUGUGGAUUUGUCUUUCCAUUUAUGCUGUAACUAAUAUUUUCUUGGGAAUCCUGUUAAUUAAUAUUAUCUCACUUACAAAUGCAAACAUGUUUUCUUCAAAUAGUUGUGUAGGUUCCAACUUCUUAACGUCAACACAACAACAAUAAAAACACAGUUAUUGAAAAGUAGUUUUCCAUCUUCUAGAAUGACGAGAAUGUGUUGCAUAGAUUUUAUUCUAUAAGAGGGAUUUACAGAAAUGUUGUAAACAAAAACUGAGGCAGUCACCAUGGAAACCAGGGAGUAAUCUGAAUACUCAUUUCUGUUCUAUCCUUUCUGCGUCACUUAUAUCAAUCUAUCCUGAGGGUUCUAACUGACAAAUUACAAAUGAUUGCCUUUGGUAAUAUCAGCACUCCAGCUGUCCAUAUUGUUCUAAAUGUAUUCACAUCUGUGGUGUAUUGCACAGAAAAAAAGAUUUGAAUGUCAGGUAUGUCGUGGCAUUUAGUGUUUGGAAGGUGACAUUUUAUUUUCGUAAUACCAAAAACCCUUCGCUGGACAUUUUCACUUUUCCAUUCGUAGACACCAGUUCCUAUAUAAUUAGUGAUGUUGUGUGUUAUUCGUUUACGGACAUAAAAAAAAAAACGUCCUUCCUUUUUACACACACAUUGUUCACUUAUAAAGGAAAUUCUUAUAAAGGAAAUUCCUACCACUGUUAUCCACACUAUUCCAUAUUCUAUCUCUUUCUUUUUGGAUCACUGAAAAUGUAAUUGUGUCUGAUUACAAUGGCCAUUUCAAAGCAUGGACCUGGAAAGAGUGCUGUAUUAUCUUUCUAGAUAUCCAUGAUGGUAGUUGGUCAGGGAUUCUAUGACCUGUGGCACUCUGCUGAUCACGGAAUCCUAACAGAACCCGGGCAGUCUCAUACAGUUGUGGAUGAAGAUGAGCUUACUGUUGCACACAGUGUGGACGUCGAUACUGUGUUUCCCUUUGCUAUUUGUGAAUGCUUUCUAUUUGGCUGUUGGUGGGACUAUCUUUAACCCCUUAAGGACACGUGACAUGUCAUGAUUCCCUUUUAUUCCAGAAGUUUGGUCCUUAAGGGGUUAAACAGGUUCUAUCCACAGCCCCGACUACGUUGGUAAUGCACGCUUCCAUGUAGUGUGGACAUAUAAAAACUUGGAGAUUUGCUGCAGAAUAGUCCACGUCAUGAGGGCCAAGAAGAUUGAGCAGACAGGCUGGGAAACUCCAUUGGUUGGAGCCAUUGUUCCCUAGAAAAUAUCAGAGCCACCAAAUUGGGGGACACAGAGGUGCUUCACAAUAGGUGGCUUGGCUGCGUCGAUAGUCUGUGCACUAUGUGUUGCUCUAUGCUCUCUCUCUAUCCAGCGUGCAGAAGAUGUGAGGAGAAAGGUUUAAUAUGGAGAAUUUAAACCUAGAUGUUAUUUUUUUUAAGUGAAAACCAGUUUGGCCAAAAGACUGAUACAGCUUGUAACAUUUGGCAAACACUGCAGCUCCAGAUGGUAACAUAACUGAGGAGGAUUUUGCUGGUUUUGUGUCUAUUUCGGUUCAGUUCCAUGAGCUCAGACACUUGUUUUAUCAUGUAUUUAAAUUAUGUUUGUCUGUGAUUUGGCAAACAAAAACAAAGGCUACCAAUCAUUCAUGGUGUCACCAUUUGUUUAGACCCUGUUGUACAUCAUUGGGCCAUUUUUGGUCUUGCUAUUUCAACAAAGUGUAUAUAAAAUACAUAACAAAUAACAGGCACUUCUAAAGGUCCUAUUGUCCGUGUUGGUACCUUGUAGGAGUACGUGGUAUGAAUUUCUACAGGCUCUGUUUCAAAGUAUUAAUGGCCUAAAAUAUAAAUCUGUAGUUCUGUUAUAGUGGAUUCAGCAAUUUGCUUCAAUUAUAUAGGUUGCUAAAGUGCUCCAAGGUGACCCACUGGCAAAACGCAGAAUGUAAUCCGCUAACAAUGUAGCUAAAUACACUCAGAGAUCGAGCGCUCAAGGAUUCCGGAGGUGAUUCUGCCCCAGCGUAACUUUACCAAGAUGGAGUUGUAUGAGUAUUCAUAUAGCUAUAAAAUGAUUUGCAAGAAAAAUAAAACAUCUAAAUAUAUAGUGCAAAAUGAAUACAUAGGGACAAGGAAAUUCCUACCACUGAAAAUGAUGAGCACAAAUCACCAGUCUGUUAAAUUAGUAAUGUUAACCUCUUCCAGGGCACACAAUGCAUGCCGCAACAUUGGGGUGUAUGAAUUCAGGAUGGGGCUUGGUGGACCACCAAGGGGAGGCUCUACCUGCAAACGAGGAUGCCCCAAAUGCAUACCAGGAUCACUAGCUGGACCCACUCAGGACUGCUAUGCUUAAAGUGCUGUUGGAAAUGUCAAAUGACUGUGUGUAUGUACAUAUAUACACUGAACAAAAUUAUAAACGCAACAAUUUAGUUUUUGCCCCCAUUUUUCAUGAGCUGCACUCAAAGAUCUAAGACUUUUUCUAUGUACACAAAAGGCUUUUUUCUCUCAAAUAUUGUUCACAAAUCUGUCUAAAUCUGACAGAUUUGUGUCAACAAUAUUUGAGAGAAAUAGGCCUUUUGUGUACAUAGAAAAAGUCUUAGAUCUUUGAGUUCAGCUCAUGAAAAUUGGGGUUAAAAACAAAAGUGCUGCUUUUAUAAUUUUAUUCAGUGUGUAUAUAUAUAUAUAUAUAUAUAUAUAUAUAUAUAUAUAUAUAUACAUACAGUUGCAAGAAAAAGUAUGUGAACCAUUUGGAAUGAUAUGGAUUUCUGCACAAAUUGGUCAUAAAAUGUGAUCUGAUCAUCAUCUAAGUCACAACAAUAGACAAUCACAGUCUGCUUAAACUAAUAACACACAAAGAAUGAAAUGUUGCCAUGUUUUUAUUGAACACACCAUGUAAACAUUCACAGUGCAGGUGGAAAAAGUAUGUGAACCCCUAGACUAAUGACAUCUCCAAGAGCUAAUUGGAGUGAGAUGUCAGCCAACUGGAGUCCAAUCAAUGAGAUGAGAUUGGAGGUGUUGGUUACAGCUGCCCUGCCCUAUAAAAACACACACCAGUUCUGGGUUUGCUUUUCACAAGAAGCAUUGCCUGAUGUGAAUGAUGCCUUGCACAAAAGAGCUCUCAGAAGACCUACGAUUAAGAAUUGUUGACUUGCAUAAAGCUGGAAAGGGUUAUAAAAGUAUCUCCAAAAGCCUUGCUGUUCAUCAGUCCACGGUAAGACAAAUUGUCUAUAAAUGGAGAAAGUUCAGCACUGCUGCUACUCUCCCUAGGAGUGGCCGUCCUGUAAAGAUGACUGCAAGAGCACAGCGCAGACUGCUCAAUGAGGUGAAGAAGAAUCCUAGAGUGUCAGCUAAAGACUUACAAAAGUCACUGGCAAAUGCUAACAUCCCUGUUAGCGAAUCUACAAUACGUAAAACACUAAACAAGAAUGGAUUUCAUGGGAGGAUACCACAGAGGAAGCCACUGCUGUCCAAACAAAACAUUGCUGCACGUUUACAGUUUGCACAAGAGCACCUGGAUGUUCCACAGCAGUACUGGCAAAAUAUUCUGUGGACAAAUGAAACCAAAGUUGAGUUGUUUGGAAGAAACACACAACACUAUGUGUGGCGAAAAAAAGGCACAGCACACCAACAUCAAAACCUCAUCCCAACUGUGAAGUAUGGUGGUGGGGGCAUCAUGGUUUGGGGCUGCUUUGCUGCGUCAGGGCCUGGACGGAUUGCUAUCAUCGAAGGAAAAAUGAAUUCCCAAGUUUAUCAAGACAUUUUGCAGGAGAACUUAAGGCCAUCUGUCUACCAGCUGAAGCUCAACAGAAGAUGGGUGUUGCAACAGGACAAUGACCCAAAGCAUAGAAGUAAAUCAACAACAGAAUGGCUUAAACAGAAGAAAAUACGCCUUCUGAAGUGGCCCAGUCAGAGUCCUGACCUCAGCCCAAUUGAGAUGCUGUGGCAUGACCUCAAGAAAGCGAUUCACACCAGACAUCCCAAGAAUAUUGCUGAACUGAAACAGUACUGUAAAGAGGAAUGGUCAAGAAUUACUCCUGACCGUUGUGCACGUCUGAUCUGCAACUACAGGAAAAGUUUGGUUGAAGUUAUUGCUGCCAAAGGAGGUUGAACCAGUUAUUAAAUGCAAGGGUUCACAGAAUUUUUCCACCUGCACUGUGAAUGUUUACAUGGUGUGUUCAAUAAAAACAUGGCAAAAUGUCAUUCUUUGUGUGUUAUUAGUUUAAGCAGACUGUGAUUGUCUAUUGUUGUGACUUAGAUGAUGAUCAGAUCACAUUUUAUGACCAAUUUAAGCAGAAAUCCAUAUCAUUCCAAAGGGUUCACAUACUUUUUCUUGCAACUGUAUAUGUGUAUAUAUAUAUAUAUAUAUAUAUAUAUAUAUAUAAUAUAAUUAUUUUUUUAACAGCUAAACAGGGUUACCAUUUCACACACGUUUCCUCUAAUGAUUGAUGCAUUUGCUUACCCUAGGUACCUGAAAUUGGGAUUUUCUGCUGCAGUUUUGGCAACUAUUGUUGGGAUUUACCUGCUGCCUUCCCCUAUUGAUCCUGAGCCUUUCAUGUGAGUUACCUGCAGUGACUGAGUAUGUGUGUUACAUCCAAUUAUAGCUAUUGCCGUAAUUUGUAAAGGUGACAAAAAUGAGACACCUUGCCAAUCAUUGUCUGACAUUUUAUAAUAUGUAGUAUAACUCACAGCCUUUAGUACAGUGUAUUUUUACCUUAACAGUGAAUGGAUGAGGUUUGUCCACUAAACGGUGAAUUGUGUGAUGUAGAAGCAAACUUUUGCAGUAUUUGUUUUAAUGUAUAUUCUAGCACUACUUGAAGAGUAAGUCACCAAACUAAUUGUACGACCUGGGUCAACAUAUUACUCUGUCCAGUUUUAGGUGCACAACACUGGGCUUUAUAUUGUCUAAACGGGAUUUUGAGGACUGCUGUUGUCUUCGGUAUAAUAUUGUACAAUUUCCUUUGCUCAGGUUUGAUAAACCUCCACCAGCCCUCAUUGGGCCAUUGGCUUUAAAUCAAAAACUUCACAAAGGGAGAAGAAUUUUCAAUGGACUGCUCAAAGGCCCGGAAUCGUUCACUUGUGAUAAAGAAGGUAACUCUAAAGUUGAAUUAAUUUUAAUUGUAAAUCAGUUCAGAGUCCUGAGCGUGUUUAGUAAGUUUGUCGGCCCCUGUAACGACAACGGAACACCUACUUUAUUACAUCUACAAACAGAGUUCUUCGAUCAGUUUACAAACUGUAUAUGGUCACAGUUUAAGAAUUACAGGAAGUUCAUACUAUGUACAUUUGUUGUAUUUUACAAGUUUUUUUUACUCUGGUUAAAAGAUGAGUUUUUAAACCUGUAGAAUAAUAUUUUUGGGUCAUGUUGAAAACCGACAUGUGGAUUAAAUUUCCUGUUCACAUUCCUGAUCUCCUGCCAGCUGUUAGCACCAAGUCUCGCUGGUAGCUGAUGCCGAAGCUGAAAUGCCAGUCGUUCCCAACAUGUUUUUGAUAAUGAUUUCAUUUGCAUAUUUGCCUUCACGGGCAUGUGAGGACCUGCAGAGCAUUGUUACAUCAAUUACAAAGUAUUAAAGCCAACAAAAAGAAUAACUUGCUAGUUUUCUAUGAGUUGGUAUUAUUAUUCAUUGAAUAAGACCCCACAGGUAAAUCCUGGUAUACCAAUUCUUUCUAUUGAUUUUGUUAUUUGUGCUAUUUGGCCCCUGCUACUAUUAGCACAUUCAUCCCACCUGUUACACCAGCCUACAUAUUCAGGACAGUCAUGGGAGGAAAGGGGUGGGAGGGCGGGGGGAUUCAAUGAGUGAACAGUCGACUGGUGUGAGCUAUGUAAUAAUGUUUAUGUUAAAUUGACAUUGUCGGCACUAAAUCAAUUUUAGUAAUAGAAAAGGGUACUAAAAGCAACAGGUGCCAAAUACACACACCACUCCCUGUGUAUCAAAACAGGCAAUAAUAAAUCAAUUUUAGCUUAUAGAAACACUAUAGUGUCAAACUUGUAUUCCUGACACUAUAGUUUUAAACUGUUUGCAUCACUUUGUAAAGGUGUUCUUACCCAACUUUUCUCCCACGCUGUGCCAUGACUGCCAUGAUGAUCUCAGCAAAUCAGCAUUGGGAGACUUUUGUACAUGCAAAUCAUCAUCUUCUCAUUGCGAUGCUUUAAAUCAAUACAUCUGUAUUGGGAACGUUCAGCACCUCUAGGCAGAUGCUGAAUCCCACUGAUACAAGAAGCACCUCUAGUGGCUGUCUGAGUGACUGCUGCUAGAGGUGUGAUUAGCCAGCAAUGAAAACUGUCUUUUCAGCAUUUACAUUAAAAAAACCUGCAGGGCAGGUUAAAGACACACAAUCCACUACAAUAAGCUGUACUGGUUCAGCUGACUAUAGUGUCCCUUUAAUUAGGUUUUGGUGUGUAGAUCAUGCCACUGCAGUCUCACUGCCCAGUUCCCUUUAGACGUUAAAUCACUUUGUUUAUACAGCCCUAGCCACACCUUCCCAUAUGUGACUUACACAGCCUUCUUAAACACUUCCUGUAAAGAGAUCUAACAUUUACAUUUGCUUUAAUGCUAAUUUUGUUUAACUUCGAAUUUCUUAUCUCCUGCUCUGCUAAUAGCAUUCUAGACCCUGCACAACUCCUGUAUGUAAUUAAAGCUAAUUUACAGGGCAGAAGACAAAAAACUUCUAAAACAAGUUAGCAUCUGAUUUGAAAAUUUAAACCUUUUUUUUUUCAUGCAGCUUGUGGGAAUCAUGGCCAGCGGAGGUAUGACUACCACUGCAUAAACAGAAAUAAAAGUGCUUUAACUUCUCUAAGAUCUAUACACUAAAAAUGUUUUAUCAAGCUAAAGUUAAUUUGGUUCCUGUAGUGUCCUUUUAAAUUAUUAAAAUGAUCACAUUUUCUAUUAUCCUGGGGUACCUGCUAAGAUCAGUUCUAAGAUGCACUAAAAGCUGUGUUACAAUUUUUCUUACAGUGUCUAACAUUGAUUUUCAUGUAGGCAAUCUUUACACCGGCACAGUGGAUGGGAAACUGUGGAAGAUCUCUGGGGACAAGUUAUCCUUCAUAACACAGAUGGGACAGAAUAUGUCACAAUGUGGUGAGCCAGAACUAAAUUCUAUUUUGUCCUUUUCUUUGUAAAAUGUUUGGAUAUGUUUUGUGUUUUUUAUCUUUUGUAAAUGAAAGUUCUUAAUUUAAAAAGUAGAGAUCUGAUUAGAUUCAAGAGAUUCACAUCUACAGCUAACACCCAACCUUCUGCAUUUGGUUAUUUCCAUAAACAAAAAAAAAAUAUGGGGAUAAUGGAGAAAGAGGGGAAACUAAUUUAAAAAAAAAUACAUGUGUAGCAAGGCUGCUUGUGGGCAAGGUGAGGAGUUUGAUCAGAGCGAAGUGUUACCCAGAUUUCAUAAAAUGAUUGAACAGAUUGCUGGACCAAAGCUGUAAACGUCACUCUCAUUUUAGGGACCCGGUCUCAACUCAGUACGGUUGAACGGGUUAAUGAUAAUUACGUACUGUUAAUCCUGUUAAUCUACACAAAUAUUUUGGCUGGAUAAUGAGGAAGUGAGACACUUUUUCUUGUUAUUAUGUUGGAAGCAGAAAGGGAGGAUUUGAGUGCUGGGUAGAGCCCCUUUAUCCCAAAAUAGCAAGAUUUCAAAUAAAUAUAUACAUAUAUGUAUCAUAUAUAAUAGUAUUUCUAUGUAGUUAUAACUACUACUUGGAGGUAUAUUUUUAAAGAAAUGUGUAACCUAUGCUUUUAGCUGCAUCCUAAAUGAGAGAGGCUGAAAUUACAUCCUGUUAUUUAUACAUAAAAGCGACUGUGCAUUACUGCAUAUUAUUCAGUGCAUUGGCACCCAUACAUGUCUGGAGUGGAGAUUCCCUGAAAUAAUGUAAUUGUUAGGGCUUUAGUGUCAAAACAAAUGGAAAACCAUUAUAUAUCCCAGAUACAGCUCUAGUGCUUUAGUGUCAAAACAAAUGAAAACCAUUAUAUAUCCCAGAUACAGCUCUAGUGCUGGUACGACAUUAUGUCCUCUGUCUUCUCUCUUCGGUCAAAUGAUGCAACAUCCCAAUGGUUUUCAAAUGAUGUAUUCCGUAGAAUCAAAGUGGUAAUUGGAAAUAACUGUGGUAUUCUGCAAAUAACCACCUGUAUAGGAACUGUAUGAUUUGGAAUUCAGGCAAUUUAUAAUCUUGCGUUUUUUUUUAACUUGCUUGGAUGUAGAUAGAUUAUAAUAAUAUAACCAGUCACUUGGAGUUUGUCUAUUUUUUAUCUUUUUUCACGUUAUAUGUGUUUGACUUUAAAGACAUGUGUGGCACCGGUGAUUCUGAGAAAACAGAUUUUAAUACUGAAACAGAAAUAAAUAUGUUUUGAUCUUUCAUUCUUUGAGUGUGCAAACUUCUCCUGUUUUGUAGUUGUUUGUUUUUUGUUUUAACAUUAAUCUCUGUUUCUCAGCUACACUUCUUUGUUGGCUUUCAAUGAAAACUUACAUGAUUACACUUAUUGGGAAUUCUAUGGUUUGGUAUUGAAUUUUGACCAAAAUAGCAGUGAUGGGAAAAAUUCCCACUAUGCUUUGUGUUCUGCUCAGUAUAGUUCAGGGGGGCGAAAACUUUGGCACUCCAGAAAUUGUGGACUACAUGAUCCUUAAUGUGCUUACAGCCACAAUGCUGGCAAAACAUUAAUUGAGACGCUAGGGAAGUUGCUGACAUGCGUGAAACCUUCAUGUCUUUAAUUCCCCGCACUCAGGCUAGUAAAUUAAUUUCUCUACACUUUGAUUCCCUGGCUUUGAUUAAGUGCCUGGUGUCAAAUCUAUAAGGCCAUUGGAUAAUCAUGCACCUUCAGAUAUAGUGAAACAGACUAAGAUGGCAUGUUACAAAUACUUGUUACAUAUAUCAUUUUUCCCUGCCAGGUACCCCAGAAUAUGAACCAGUGUGUGGACGUCCACAUGCUGUUCGUAUGGAUCACAAUGGAUUUCUUAUUGUAGCAGAUUCAUAUUUUGGAUUGUUCAGGGUGAACCCACGGACGGGAGAGAAGACCCUCCUGCUUUCUAAUGAAGAAGGUGAAUUGGGCACAUGAAAAGAAUUGAGCCCUCUGGCAGAAGUGGACGAGUGUUUUAUCGUUUUAUCUCGUAUGUCAUGGGAUAUAGAUCACUUGUAGACAGUGCCUUUUUUUUUUUGUAAAGCAGUAUAAAUUAUUAUUUUUAUUAUUUAUAUAGCGCCAGCAAAUUCCGUAGCGCUGUACAAUGGGUGAACUAACAGACACAUAAUUGUAACCAGACAAAUGGACGCACAUGAACAGAGGGGUCGAGGGCCCUGCUCAAUGAGCUUACAUGCUAGAGGGAGUGAGUAAUAGUGACACAAAGGGUGUAAGUAGGGGUAAUGAAAUAGGUUGCUAGAAAAGUAAUCACUGAGAACUUAGGCUAUUUAUGACAGUUGCAGGAGCGGAGUCAUGGGGGGGGGGAAUGAAAACCCGCCAACAGUUUAAAUUAUAUGCUUUCCUGAAGAAGUGUGUGGAGACUGGGUGAAAGUCUAUCGGAGAAGGGGAGGGAGUUCCUCAGAAAAGGUGCAGCCCUGGGAGAUGCAGGCGCACAGGAAAAUGAGCCUCGCCACUGCAUUCAUUAUAGAUUGCAUCUGUGCAAUCUGGGAACAUGUAAGACCACUGAGAAGGGGAUUGCAGUAGUCAAGUCGAGAGAGAACAAUGGCAUAGACUAGCACCUUAGCCGCGUCUGGUGUUUAAUAGGGGUGGAUACGAGCUAUGUUUUUUAGAUGGAAACGGCAAGAUUUGUGAUCGACUGGACAUGAAGGGUGAAGGAGAGAACACCUAGGCUGUGAGGUAGAGGUGAAAGCCACAUAUUAAAAAAAGAGAAACCUUGUGGCAGGGAAAUCCGUGAAGGGGCUUGUAUUAAACAGAACAAAUUCAAGAGAAGGGAUAAAGAGUUAAAGAAAACGAAUGAACAAGAAGUUUGUUGGCGAAGAAACUUUUCUUGGAAAGUGAAUGGUGGGCUAGGUGGGAAGGUAUGUCUCUCCUCUUUUUGCUCUCCUUCUCUUCCUUUAUUCUUAUUAAGUGUUCUUGCAUGGCAAGACCACUUACUAUUAUCUCACAUAUAUAUUAUUCUUAUUAUUAUUAUAGCCAAAUUUACCACCCUAACUCCUCCCACAGUUUUUACACUACAUAGAGAGUAAUAUACCGAAACGUGCGGAUUGUUCCCGAUUAGAUUGCUUUUACUUUGUGGAACGUUUUGCCGAAUGGUUCACGGAAUAUCGUCGUUCUUGUGGCGAAAUUGGUCCCAUAGGAAUGAAUGGCAAAAUGUUCAAAACUAGAGUGGGAGCUGGCAAAAGCUGAAAAAUCUGGGCAGGAUUUCUAAUUUGCCACCACUCCCUUAUUUUCAAGCCCACCUACACAAAUCUCAUAUCAAAAUAUUCAGCUAUCCCUGCUGCCACUAGAAAUGUCCACGGCUAAGCCAUAGUCCUGAUAGUUUUCACAAUAUUACCAUUUGUUUGCAACUCACAGUCCAUUGACAUUCAUCGAAACCCCACUCUAGCCAGCUCAAGUUUGAAGGGCAAUUUCUAAACUGCGAUUGUGCCCUCAUUGUUAAUAUUUUAGAGACAUACGUCUGGGUCUUGUGAUUCUCACAAUAUAAAGCUCUUUGCUGUAGGAUGUAUAGUUUUUAAAAUACGACCGUUUGAAGAUGGCAACCGCCAAAAUACUCUGACCUGUGCCAGGCUGCAGCAGCAAGUGAUGUCAUAGACAGGGCCUUUUGAACACCUGCUAAUGUUUUUAUAAUUGUAUGGUUUAAUGUAACUGUGAAGCACUUUGGGCAUCAACGUUGCAAUUAAAUGUGCCAUAUAAAUAAAUAACAGUUACUCCGCCCACUCCAGUUGUAGACUACUGGUGGAGGCAAGAACACUUUACACGAUUUCCCCAGAAAUUGUAGCUUUUCUAGUUAUUCUUGUUUUCUUUCUCUCUUUCCCCCUUUCUCCAAUAAAUGGCAGCAAUCAUUGUAGUAGAACUUUCCAUGGAGAAGUAUCCUGAUUGUUCUACAGGGUCUUUUUCCCGCUGUUACACAAUAAUUCUUCUAACAUAAUGUUUCCCCCUUAAUAUGUAUUGCUACCAAUCUCACCGCCAAUCCCGAGCUCCAGUUUAGAAUACCAGCUGAGCCAUUCCUUAGCCAAUGAUGGUACCCAGUCAGCACAGUAUGGAAAUCUCUGAGAAUGUCACGAGUCGGGUAAUUGUUUUAACCUCAGGGAUGUAUCUGUGCUUCUUCUUUUCAUGGAUAAUGAAUGGAGUCUGGCAACCUACAAUGAAUAGAAUUAUCCGUCUAGUUGGCCUGUCCCCCUCCAAAAAAUGUUUUUGUUUUUUUUCAUAUUGAUCUGAUAUUUCUUCUGAGAUGUUUUCUUCAAUAAAAACUACACUUACGUCAAGUAUUAGAUGUUAAUAAGAUGUUAUUUUCUUAUGUGACAGGUGUUGAUGGAAUUCCUUUCAGAUUCUUAAAUGGACUUGAUCUGUCUCGAAACGGGACCAUUUACUUUACUGACUCCAGUAGCAAGUGGGGGAGAAGACAUCACAGAUACGAGGUACCAAGUCAUUUCAGAGGGCAAUCAUAUGACUUCCAGAUUCCAUUUUUUGCGUGCACAAACACACAGAUUGGAAUCCUUAACACGUUGGGAAAUAUUUAUCCAAGUGUUCUGAAAGGUGACGGUUAAAUUAAGUCAUAAGCGGUGGGUUUUUUUUAUAAUAAAUUCUGCCACUUUUGACAAAUAUUUCCAUUUCUGAAGACCUCCAGAUUUACAGAGGCACGAAAAAAGUCGUAAUCUUUCUGUUUAGAAAAAGUGGCAGAAAAAAAAAAAUCAUAAACCUGUUCUGUAUCAGAAUAAAUGGUGUAUAUUCAAACUUGAUAACUUGGGGGCAAAAAAAACUACAUAUGAAUUAACUCUGACAGAUUUAAUACAUUUUCAUUGGAAUUAUGCCAGCUCUCAGCUCAGGUGCAUCUCACCAGACUUUGUUGGGCUAAGUUCCAGUAUUACUGAUAUGGGCGCUAACCAUGUUAUUCACUAACGCGAGAAUUCAAUGUGAAUUUUAGAUUUAAGGUCAGUUAUUUUGGCAGUAAAUUUUAAAUUCACUCUGAAGUCCCAGCAAUUUUCAACCUUUAACACGAUGUCUAGUACACAGGUGAUGGCACGUCCUUACUGCUCUUUGUUAGACAUGCAUUUUGUGUCAGUCUAGGUUCUGGAAUUGAACAAUUUGGGGCGUCUGAUAAAGUUUAACCCUGUGAAAAAAGUAGCAGAGACGUUGCUGCAUGGCUUAUACAUGGCUAAUGGGCUGGCACUGUCUCCGGAUGAGAGUUUUAUUCUGAUAGCAGAGACCAGCAUCUGCAGAAUAUCAAGGUACGUGAGAACACAAAUAUCUUUUUUUUCUUUUUUUGCAUUGGUUUAAACAUUUUUGAGGGGUAAAUUAAGAAUUAGGCAAAAUAAGUGCCUGAUGCUGCCAAAAUGAACAAUGCUCUCCGAAUAGAUACAAGUACAUUUUUUUUAAUAUUCUACUUAUAGUAUAUACAUAGCUAAAGAAACAUUUACUCACUUUUAUAGGUGAAUAUAAAGUACCAGUAUUACAGAUUAGGAGGGGGUGGGUGUUUUGCAAAUUAAUUAAUUAAACACAUACCGUAACCAUGUGAGAUACCAGUAAGUGUCUGUGGCAGUGAAUACCGUGGUACGUAUAAUAUGGUGAAGGAGUUGCUAUAGAUCUAAGGUGUCAUAACCCUACUAGUGCAUUGUGUACGUCUCAAUGUGAGUGACAUGAUGAGAAUGUGCUACAUCUAUUGGAUUGGAAUAUAUACCACAAUAAACGUGUGUAUGUGGAGGAUUCAUUAGCUUCUUCAUACUUUGCAAUAAAUGAAAGGACUCCCGAUCCCUGUCCUUUCUGCAUAGGAAAACCAGUGACUUGAUGAUGCACUGUUUUAAUAACUCAGGAUUUCAGUAGCAACACAAAGAAUAUUUUAUUGCAGAUAGGAGCUAUUCUGUUAUACAAAUUAUUGGGGUUAUAGAUACAUAAAAAGCGAGGUGCCGGGGGGGCGGGGCCCGACCGCCAUGCUGACCGGUCGCGGGUUGGAGAGGCUCCUGACAAAAUUGGGUCUCCUUUGGAACAAAAUUCAAGCAACACAGCAAUACUAGUGCCCAAAAGUUCUCAGGUAUCCGGGCAGUUGCUAGAGCCACCGCGGUCCCCGAGAUCGGGAGUUUCGGAGCCCCUGUGGGCGAUAUGAGGCUUCGGGGUCUGUGGCCUAUGAGGGUGAAGAGCGGGGCGGACGGCCGCCGUCCUGUUUGCAAACCUGGCUGCCAUGCAACGGCCGUGCGAUGCGCCUCGCGGGUCCCGCUUCCCCCCCCAUGGACCGGGGGGUUAUCCCGGUCCCCACUGGAGGAAAAUACCACCUUCCACUGGCCCACCAUCCAGCCUACCUGGCACUGUGCAUCACGCGCCUGGGCACCAAAAUGGCGGCAAUGCGACCAAUACCACGCAACAUAGCUUCGCCUGCCUGCAUGCGGAAACAACAGCUUGCUGAGCAUAAGCCUGAACACAAGUGAUGUCCCAUCUUGGAAGUCCCUGUCUACCUACUCACGAAUGAGGCUUGGCUGCCGCGAUUGCCCUCCAGGGCCUUAAGAUUAGCUUGUACAGGAUCCCCACUGAUGGCCACGAGGAACCAGCAGCGGCAGGGUACCCAGAGCACACAGCACGGAGGGGGCUUCUAAUCCCUCAGCGGAUCUGCCUGCGUGGAUACCCCAUCAAUAUCAGGCUGCCAGACCAGAUGACCCACCUUGCAGGGCACCAGUGGACUAUACCAGACACCUUGGCUUACCUGGCUGACUAUGUUAUAUGUUAUAUGUUAUGUUGCCAUCUAUUUUUGUUUUAACCCUUUUUUGCCAUGAUAGGCAUAUGCAUAUUGAGUCACUCAUAAUCUUGCUGCCACUUAACAAAAUAUCUACAAUUAUUAGCUAAUGUUGUACUAAUAUCUAAACUCUGUAGAUUAUGCUUAUAACCGUGCCUAGCGUGAACAAACGUAUUAUUACAUGAAUAGUCAGUUUGGGGAGCCUACCCGUUUUCUCUACUUCAAUUCCUCCUCUAAAUCUUGUGUCCUACUCAAAAUGUCUGUCAGAGCACACUACAUUCUACACCUUUUCUACCAGAAUAGACCUUAUCUUGCAAUUAACAAUACAAAAAUGUGCUGUCUAACCGAAUGCCAUGACUAUGAUUCUUAAACCUAUUUCUCUGCUUGGAAGUGCUGUCGUGGCCUACAAAGCUUUGUUGUUAUAACUUGCACAAUAUAAAUAAAGAAUUAAAAAGCGAGGUGCCAUUUUUUUUAUUUUCUUCUAACGCUUUCUUAUUUACGCUAAUUUAUUCCCUUAUAAAUUAUUCUUUACUGUGUGUCUUCAGUCAUUGAAUGUUACAUAGUUACAUAGCUGAAAAGAGACUUGCGUCCAUCAAGUUCAGCCUUCCUCACAAAUGUUGUUGCUGUUAAUGUCCAUGUUUCAUUUUGGUUGUGCAAAACUGAGCCUUUUCUUUUGAAAACAUUUUUCCACCACUGUAAGUAUGACAGGUUUUGUCUGCAGGUAAGCAGUUUUUACAUUCUUCAAUUUUGUUUAAUGGAUUAAAAAAAAAAUCCUUUAUAUUGCAGGUGCACUUUAAAAAACAUUUUUUGGCGGUAGACUCAUUUUGUUUUAUUUUGUGAAUGUAAUCAAUUUCAAAAAUCAUCAGGACACGAAAAACAUCCAUGAAAAGUUACAUUAUUUUGGCUCACUACAGAAAAGGUCCCAAUGUAACAAAUGGUUGAGUAACCGUUCUCAUACAUGAAAUGGCAAAUACACACAAAUCUGGCACAAAGGUGAAAGCAAGCGUGAGAAUUGUUAUACAUAGUGUCUAUUGUUUGCUUUUAUGGAACAUACAGUUCUGCUGUGUUGAAAGCCACAUCUUGCUACAGAAUAAAAUGAACGUUUGAGCAAUAAAAACAACUAAACAGAAGGUAAUAAAGUUAUAAACAUGGCGAGUAAAUCUCUGUAAAGUGCAUGACAAGUAACCUAAAUAUAUGAUGCUCGCAGUAAACAAUCUGUAAUAUUAUUUUACAAUAAGGACAGCGCUUGGUGCAGAAAAGGCAGCAAUACGUUAAAAAAACAAACAAACAAACACUCUUUAAAUUUUGUCACGUAAAUGAAAAUACAAGGUAGUAGAAUUUAAGUUGUGCCAAAAAUACAAUUUAAUAAAGCAGGUGAAAUGCAUUGGUGUUAUUGUGUGCUGAAUGCGUUUUCGUGCUCUUUAUUAUUACUUUCACACUAAACUCCACACAAUUGGAAAUAUUUUAUCACUAAACAUGGUGCACUGCAAGUUACCAGCAGUUUGUACAAGUGAGAAUCAAACCACCUAAAGCUAUUAUACUCUGAGCCCAGUACACUGCUCGCAAUAUUGUGAGUAUAUGAGAUUAAUUUUACUAUAUACAUCACCAUGUGGUUUUAUACUAUUGGAGGCUUUUCUUUGUUUCUUUUUUUGGGUUCUCCAAACAAAUUUCAUUGCCUUGUAUAUCCCAAACUGGGAUAAGCCCUUCCCUGCUGUUGCUUAACACUGAGCUAGUUGGGUAGGUCAUAACCACCUGAGUGUGGUACCUCAUCAUGACUUACUAUGGCGACAGUAUAGUUCUAUCGGAAUUACACUAUUCUCUGUUCUUUGGAUUGAUAUCUACAAGGAGCACUGCUCUAAAAUGUCACCUUUUUGACGCAACUUAAAUAAUGCUACCUUGAUUCUUUUAUAUGCAUUUAUGAUUUUAUUAUGAACGUUUUUUAUUAUUUUUCAAAAAUUGGGCAAUUAAUAAUAGAAAAUGCCCAUAACCCCAAAACUCGAUUAGUAUUAUGUAUGUUUUUGGAUUUUUUUUUGUUAGAUACUGGCUAACCGGCAGCAGAAGAGGAGUCCACGAAGUCUUUGUGGACAAUAUGCCCGGCUAUCCGGAUAAUAUCAGGCUGUCAAGUCACGACACCUACAGAAUUGGUUUAUCUACAACACGGUUUCCUGGACUAUUUCCCCCAUUCUUGGAUGCCAUUGCACCCUAUCCAGCACUGAAGAGAUUAAUUGUCAAGGUACAGUACAUGCUUUUCAUCUGGGACUGGGACCAUCUCCCAUCUAUCAUGACUUGUUUAAUCUAACCGAAAAUAGAUUGGUUUACAAGCCAACCAAUCAGAGCUCCCGGACUGAAAUUUCAACGUGUAGUAUGGCCUUUAUAAGGGCUUUACUGCCUUGAGAGCUAAGACUGCGCAAAGUCCUUGCAAUUUGUUUUGCAGCACAUUUUACUUUUUGGGGUAGAGAGGCAAGGAGAUUUAGCACUGGAACACAAUCUUGGGGUUAAACAGUUAGAGAAUGGUUUAACCCCUUAACGACACAUGACAUGUGUGACAUGUCAUGAUUCCCUUUUAUUCCAGAUGUUUGGUCCUUAAGUGAGCCAGCAGUAAGGACCUCCUGGCACUAUAACAACUUAAGUUUGUUUUUGCCAACAGGUAAUUGCCACUAAAGCAUCUUCACUUUCGUAAGAUUAUUUUUUCCAACUUUACACUAUUGUGCUUAAUAUAUCACCUGAUUACACACACUAAAGAUGAGUCUUGCCAUUUAACCCCUUCUAGUACCCCUACACCCUUUCCUUCCACAGAGUCCAAUAUGCAUUUUAUCACCUGGAUAUUUUUAAUAGCUCACAUAUUCUCCAUGGAUCCUGCCCUUAUUUGCCAGCUUUACCUCUUGUGUCUUUGUCAAUAUUUUUCAUGAAAACCCCUUUAUAUGACGGCAUUGCACCAGACAACGUUGCUGCAAAUUUUUUUCAUUUUGGUUUAAUCUUUCAGUUCUGCAAUCUGUAACACUUCAUUUACUAGCAGGAAGUGUGUGUGCAAUGCUUUACUUCCACUCUCCCCCAACACUUACAAAGAUAGAGGGGAGGUUUAGUCUCCGUGUUUUAUGUCUUGGUGUAAUCCACCCCUUGCCUUACUCCAUAGUUUUCCUAAUAUCUUGGACCUCUCACCAGCAUCAGUACAUCAAGACACUGCUGUAUAAGACAUCGAUAUACAGGGAGUGCAGAAUUAUUAGGCAAGUUGUAUUUUUGAGGAUUAAUUUUAUUAUUGAACAACAACCAUGUUCUCAAUGAACCCAAAAAACUAAUUAAUAUCAAAGCUGAAUAUUUUUGGAAGUAGUUUUUAGUUUGUUUUCAGUUAUAGCUAUGUUAGGGGGAUAUCUGUGUGUGCAGGUGACUAUUACUGUGCAUAAUUAUUAGGCAACUUAACAAAAAACAAAUAUAUACCCAUUUCAAUUAUUUAUUAUUACCAGUGAAACCAAUAUAACAUCUCAACAUUCACAAAUAUACAUUUCUGACAUUCAAAAACAAAACAAAAACAAAUCAGUGACCAAUAUAGCCACCUUUCUUUGCAAGGACACUCAAAAGCCUGCCAUCCAUGGAUUCUGUCAGUGUUUUGAUCUGUUCACCAUCAACAUUGCGUGCAGCAGCAACCACAGCCUCCCAGACACUGUUCAGAGAGGUGUACUGUUUUCCCUCCUUGUAAAUCUCACAUUUGAUGAUGGACCACAGGUUCUCAAUGGGGUUCAGAUCAGGUGAACAAGGAGGCCAUGUCAUUAGAUUUUCUUCUUUUAUACCCUUUCUUGCCAGCCACGCUGUGGAGUACUUGGACGCGUGUGAUGGAGCAUUGUCCUGCAUGAAAAUCAUGUUUUUCUUGAAGGAUGCAGACUUCUUCCUGUACCACUGCUUGAAGAAGGUGUCUUCCAGGAACUGGCAGUAGGACUGGGAGUUGAGCUUGACUCCAUCCUCAACCCGAAAAGGCCCCACAAGCUCAUCUUUGAUGAUACCAGCCCAAACCAGUACUCCACCUCCACCUUGCUGGCGUCUGAGUCGGACUGGAGCUCUCUGCCCUUUACCAAUCCAGCCACGGGCCCAUCCAUCUGGCCCAUCAAGACUCACCCUCAUUUCAUCAGUCCAUAAAACCUUAGAAAAAUCAGUCUUGAGAUAUUUCUUGGCCCAGUCUUGACGUUUCAGCUUGUGUGUCUUGUUCAGUGGUGGUCGUCUUUCAGCCUUUCUUACCUUGGCCAUGUCUCUGAGUAUUGCACACCUUGUGCUUUUGGGCACUCUAGUGAUGUUGCAGCUCUGAAAUAUGGCCAAACUGGUAGCAAGUGGCAUCGUGGCAGCUGCACGCUUGACUUUUCUCAGUUCAUGGGCAGUUAUUUUGCGCCUUGGUUUUUCCACACGCUUCUUGCGACCCUGUUGACUAUUUUGAAUGAAACGCUUGAUUGUUCGAUGAUCACGCUUCAGAAGCUUUGCAAUUUUUAGAGUGCUGCAUCCCUCUGCAAGAUAUCUCACUAUUUUUGACUUUUCUGAGCCUGUCAAGUCCUUCUUUUGACCCAUUUUGCCAAAGGAAAGGAAGUUGCCUAAUAAUUAUGCACACCUGAUAUAGGGUGUUGAUGUCAUUAGACCACACCCUUCUCAUUACAGAGAUGCACAUCACCUAAUAUGCUUAAUUGGUAGUAGGCUUUUGAGCCUAUACAGCUUGGAGUAAGACAACAUGCAUAAAGAGGAUGAUGUGGUCAAAAUACUCAUUUGCCUAAUAAUUCUGCACUCCCUGUAUACAAACGUUUUUACUAAAAUCAGCAUCCUUCCUAUAUUCUCAGCUUACUGACUUCAUCCCCAACAAUCCCACAAAUAGUACCCCAGCGAAUACAUUUCCCAUUUUAGGGAGGUGGCAGGAGGUUUGUUCUUUGCAUUAUAUUUUAGAUUAUGGAACUAAAUUCCAAACAGUGUAGUUGCAAUGUGAUAUCAUCUGCGAUUUAUCAGAUCUAAAAUAAAAAAAACAGCUGUCAAUGGGUUAAUUAAGGAAUUAUGUUCUCACACUAAUGCAGUGAAUCAAAUUGUUUCUCCUCCCAAAGGCAGCUGCACAAGAGGGUGAUGGCCAAAAAAUAUGUCAUUCACCAUCGCAAUGAAAGGAAUGUAUAUCAUCAAAUAUUCAGUGUCUGUAUCUGGGGUAAUAUAGGAGACAGCGCCAGCUGACUGCGGUAUAAACUGAAAUUUAUAGGGACCCGUCCUCUAUAGAGCUGCAAGAUGGAUUUGACCACCACCUAUUUAUGCAUCAUAUAGGUAAUGUAUUAUAGAUUUCCUCUGCUUCAUGGACCUCUUAUCCAACCAGAAACUGGCUUCUCCGCUUCACUUGUUCCCAUAACUUUCUAUAAGAUUCUGAGCAUAUGGAUAGAACACAGAUUUAUAAGAGUCGUCGUUCUCAUUACAGCUGUUUACUGAGACUUGUACAGCCUGCAGUUAGCUUCAUUCAUGAAAAGCAUAAAUUAAGCUAUCUUGCAUUGUUAUUGAUAUUGGGUGCACAUGGCUUCGCUCAGAACAAUUACUGCUAAUCUACCAUUUCUGUGCUCCCUCGAAUAGAGCUUUAAGUGAUGAGGUCAUGUGCAGCUGUAUUAUGGGUUUAUGGAGAAAAACUGUUUGUGGUUUGUUUUUAAAUUCGUACAACACCCCAGGGUCAAUUACUAACCUGGGGACUAUGGAUCCCACCUGUAGCACAUUGAGGUCAUUGCGACCUAACCCUCCAAUAGCACAGUAUUCUGUCUGUCACUUAGUGAAUUAAAAGUUGUACUUGUUGGCGCUACAUACAUUUCACUAUAAUCUUACAAAGACCUGACUUCUUUGACACUUGCAGGUUACUCCGUUGUCCUUUUACAGCGUCCUCCUGAGAAAGCAUGGCUUGUUUCUGGAAGUCAGUGACCAAGGUGAUGUUGUAGAGAGUUACCAUGACCCGGAUGGGAGGGUGACGUGGGCUGUGAGUGACGUGUUUGAACAUUAUGGGCAGCUAUACCUGGGGAACACUGACCUUCCUUUCCUUGUGGUUCUAACUAAUGACUAAUGAACAGUAACCUGUGACUAGUAAGCGCCUACUUUAUAUGUGUUAAUGGAUUGGUGUAAAUUAGUUAUUUUACAUGUACGGUCAUGUGUAUAGUUUGUAUUUUUUUUUUUUUUUUAUAUAUAUAAAACUUUUUUCACCAACAAUAUUAUGUUACAGUUUUAGAGAUCCAAAGCAACUGUUUAAAUGCCAAGAUAUAAUUCGUAGCUUUGAUUCUGUUCCAAGCAGGGAAUGCAUUUCAUUUACAAAUAAAUGGGACCUGGUAAUGUACAGGGGUAAUAUAAGGACCAUAACCACUACAUGUCAAUGCCAUCCCACAGUUCUUGAUCAAAUAUUUUUUGUUGAUCAAACACAGACUUCCCUAUGUCACAUGACAUGCUCAAUGAAUCAGUGCUGUCCAAAAGGCGAUACAUCAGAUAAUGUGAAUUAAGUAGAACUUCUGCUCAAAUAGUUUGAUCAGGAAUCAAAGGGGAUGGCAGAUGCAGCCUAAUAACAUGAUAACGGCUACAUUAGCAUGUAGUGGUUAUAGUGCUUGGACAUCCACAUUACACCUGAAAGUGCCAUCGGUGUGCCCAACAAAUUUGUAUACAAUGCACAUAGAGUUACACCACUGGGAGGGUUACACCACUGGCAUUGAAUGGGCUAUAUAUUUAAAAUACUUGUAAAAUAUAUUUUCUGCAGCCAUCACUUUAUUUGCAUUAGAGUAUUUCACUCCCUGCAGAGUCUGCAACAUUUCCCCUAUUCGUAAACAAAAGGUGGCUUUAAUUAAAGGCCUUGAUACUACAUUGCAAUUUCAAGUAAUGUCAACUUGAACCUAAAGGAGCUUAUUCACUAAACAAUCUAUUGAAAAUCAAAUUGCAAAACUCAGACCAAAAUGGCAGAGUUGGAAAAAUUCUCUCUCUCAAUAAUGCACACAAAUUGGCCAUUUUAGUCAGGAUUUUGCAAUUUAAGUUUUCGGCUCAAUGCAAAUCCCUGUUUCCUCAAUAAACACAAAGUAUUUUUGGAUAUUCCCGUUUAGUGUUCCUAUUACUUUAUGUACCAAAAACCGUAUUAAACGUUGUAUUUCGUAUGCCAUUUAAUAUAGUGUCAUUUUUAACUUUGUAUCAAAUCCAGCCUGGAUUUCUUUUUUAAUAAACAAAAGAUCAAACACC